AUGGCAGCAGCUUACGUCAAAGAGUAUGCCGAUAGAUUCGAGGAUUGGGAGACCAUGGGACACGCAAUCCGGUACAAGGUCCCAGCACUUCUUAGCUACGGCCAGGUGCGUCUGCUGGCGAGUUCUACAAGCAAAGAUCUGGAUUUCCUGAUUGAAGCCGGCCAGAUGUUCAGAAGCUGGGCAUCCGAGUACAACUGUGCCGUGGUGUGUGUAAACCAAGUCAAGGAUGUGUUCGAAUCAGCCGCAGUCGCAGCCAAGAUUGCUGCAGAGGCAAGGGCCACAGGGCAGGAAGGCAAGCUGGUGGAGGUGCCGAAUGAGUUGCUGAGAACCAGAAGGUGGCUCGAGCUCUCGUUUGCGCCGUGGUGUAGCCGCCGGACUUGUGAGAUCGCACUCGAUGACCGUGGGUUCUACUCGUUUGGUAUUAACAGCCACGAGAUUGACGAGGUGGGCGGUGUGUUUUAA